UCGCGCGUAUACGCAAAGGUGAUGGUAUACAGCAACGGUGGGGGAUGAGCCCGAGGGCGUCGGACAAAGGUUGGCUGUGUCGGGCGACCGGCCGGUGGUGCAUUCGCGUUUCAAACAUGGCAGCGGCUACCAGCGUUGUCGUGCUCGACAGGGGCAACAACACCACCUGCACCAUCAAUUUACACGGAGCCACCGUGGUGUCCUGGCGGGUGAAUAACCAGGAACAGCUGUUUGUUAGUAAGCAAGCGGUAUUCGAUGGAAAGAAAGCUAUUAGAGGCGGCAUACCAUUUGUCUUCCCACAAUUCGGCGCGUGGACGUUCGGGCCACCCCAUGGCUUCGCUAGAAUUAUUCGUUGGAACGUGGAGAAGUCGCCGGAGCGCCUGCCCAGCGGGGACAUCGAAGCGAUAUUCUCGAUAAUGGACAGCGAGUUCACGCGGUCACUGUGGAAUUCGCAAUUUAGGCUAACGUAUAGGCUAAUAUUGCGCGAGAAGGAGCUGCAUUUCAAUAUCGGCGUGUACAAUCCUAGCAGAGAAGACACAUUCAGUUUUAAUCUGCUAUUACACACUUACUUCAAGGUGCCCGACGUCAGGAGAUGCCAAAUCACGGGAUUGCACGGGUGCACGUUCGUCGACAAGACUAGGGACAACCAAAUCUUUCAAGAAGGCCGCGACGUCGUGACGGUAUGCGAGUGGACCGACAGGAUCUACCAGAACACGCAGCCGGAGCACAUCAUCACAAAUGUCGUUUCCGGUAGGAAGAUGCGCGUGCAGAAGUACAACUUCCCCGACACCGUCGUCUGGAAUCCUUGGCAGGAGAAGGCGCGCGACAUUCCCGAUUUCGGCGACGACGAGUUCCCCAACAUGAUUUGCGUCGAAAGCGGACAUGUCAGUAGCCCGGUCAUAUUAUUGCCAGGGACGGCCUUCGAAGCGAGCCAAAUAUUACAGGUGAUGUGAGUAGAAAGUGGACCGACGUCGCACGUCAAUGCCGGGGGUGGUGCUGCCAAUUCGCUGCUUCCGACGUCCUCAGCAUCGUCCGCGGUCUGGCCUGCGGGUGCUGGCUGGCUGUACAUGCCGCCACCGCCGCCUCCGCCACCGCCACCGCCACCUCCGCCACCUCCGCCGUCACAUCCGUCACUUCCAUCACAUUCGUCACAUCUGCACUCGCAUUGCGUCGUCCAGACCUGCACGAUAUGCUCUCUGAAUCUUUAGGGGUCUUUAGAGCCGCAGCCUGCAAGCCGGGCCGAGCUCUUGGAACAUCUUCGACUUUCCGCUCAGUUGUUGUUCUCGAUCGGUUAUUUUCACGAGAAGGUCCAUAUACGUAAUCGCGAUCGGUGGAGAACGUAUCUUUUCUUGCGUCCUGUCUAUCGAGGAAGUGGUGAUCAGCGCGGCGAAGGCGAGCAAUUUAGUUUAAUUCGUCGGAGACUCUGUCUUCCUUGGUCGAUCACGUUUGCUUGCUUCUUAUCUUUGUCGCUUUGUCCGUGCUUCACGCGUGAUAGAAAUCAUUUCGAUGCGCGAAUGUGAGAGAUCGAUUGAUCUGUCUCUCUCUUUGGUUUCCGCCGUCCAAGUAACAAUCAGACGCGUAGGUUUUAUAGGUCACUUCUCGCAUCGUCCUCCCUUGUUCCGAUGAAGGCCAAGGACCGCGUUUGCAACGUUUAUGUUUCUUUUCAUCAGAUAUCGUUGAAAAAUUGCAGAAAUAGAUUUCCGGAGGACGCUGUUCUGAAACAACAAAAUAGUUCUCAAGUUAAUACGAUUCAUCGCAAGUAUUCGUAUACAUUCCAUAGACCGCUAAUGGAAAACGAAGGGGAUAUAUGUUGCAUCUCGUAUGAUAUCAUUCCCAGGUAUUAACACGCGAUAUGUUGUCUGUAAACGUGUAGUAUAGAUUGGCGUUAAGCAUACAUUCACACGCGACAAUACAGACUUUCUCAAUAUUAUAAAAGGUGUUAUUCGUUCGCUUCGAUCGAUAAUAAUUUUUUAUCUUGUUCAAUUGUUGUAAGAUAAAAAAAUAUUUGCAUUCGCAUGAACCGUACAUAUUUUACGUUAUAUUUUACUUAUAUAGGUAAAAACUGUAACAAAAAUGUUCGCGAGUAAUACAAAUGUAAGCUCACUUUAAAAAAAUUUUUUUAAAGGCACUAUACUUAAUAAUUCUCGAAGGAGGCAUUGUGUAAAGUCUGAAUUCAAAUUCAUUUUAAAUUGUUUAAGUUUAUUACAAUAUGUGUGUUUUACAAUCGAUUUUUUAACUUUUUUAUCCCUUUGUGCUAUGUAAAUUUUAGGAUCUUGAUAUAUAUAUAAAACCCACAUAUGUAAAACCAAUAUAUAAAGCUCACAUUAAAGUGGCACAUAAAAUUAUAAAUAGGGUUCUACUUAAAAUUUUCUGUUGCGAGUUAUAGAUCCUUUCAAGUGGGCUGAAGAUGUUAUCAAAAUUUGACUAUUCUCCUGAAUUAAUAUUGCAUUUAACGAAAAAUGAUUAUAAAGUACAAAAUAUUCGGUAUAAUUUAGCUAAAGAGUUAUAUACACGCAGAAAAUAAUCGAAUUAGAUUUCUCAAUUCUAUGUGAAGAGACUCUUCUGUUACAAUUUUAUAUUUUAAUUUUGUAUAGCGAGAGAAUCUUGUAUAAUUUUUUCAAGCCACCACCGAUGAACAAAUGCUGUACAGCACAUAACAUGUAUAUGAAUUCGUUCAAUCUGCAAUACAUAAUUUACCUAUGAACAAUACAAACAUGGUGCUAUUGUUACGAAUAAUAGUGUUGUAAUGAUAAGUAGCAAUACACAUACACACAAGUAGAUAAGCUCAAUCGGCAUUUUUUUCGUAAUGCUGCAACUUCGAGUGUAAUAUCUUCCUCCAGAAUUCUCGAAACACUUGUCCCGAAAAUAUCGCAUUUCCGAUAUCACAUCUUUCCAAAUACAAAGAAGAAAAGACGUUGCAUCAUCGAAAUAGGCAUAAGUGAAUAUUUAUAUCGUAACGUAUUGAUUAUGAUAUUAUGAUAAAAAAAUUACAUGUGUAUACGGAACAUUUGUAAAGACAUUGACAGGAAGAUGAGGGGGGGAAAAAACAGCAUCAUUGCCGCCCAUCUUUAGAUAAUUGUAUUAUUGCUAAGGUAUAUCAAGAGAACUCGAGACACACUACUCUAGAGCUCAAUUGAAACUCAGUUUAAGUGAUGGCGAGUUUAAUAAGUUAGUCAAAUUUUAUAUCGAAAGUAAUUGAAUUUUCAAUAAAAGCAUUUUGAGCAUCUUCAACUUAACACAUGACAAACUUCGCAAAGAAAUAUUUUCUAACACGACCAUAUUUUUUAAAUAUAAAUCUUUUACAUUGCAAGGAAGAGAAGCUUGUUGUUAAUCUUGAAUUGAGUCGUUAAUGAAGGCACACGAAAUAAAUUGACCACGUUGUAAAAUUAAUUGCGGAUAAAGAGAAAUGAGCAGAAAAUCAUUAGUCUAUUUUAUAUAUACAUAUAUAUUAUUUGUGCCAAUGAGCGCGUGCGUGUGUUAACUUUCUCAAUAUCUCUCUCUCUCUCUCUUUCUCUCUCAGAAUACAUUUGAAAGAGCAAUUUCUUACAUUGAUGGAUUCCCGACGUCACGUACGUAAUAUUAAAGUAUCACAUGUAAAUUCUUCAAAUGGAUUACGACAUACUAGUAGUGUAUUACUAUAAUUAAAUAAAUGCUCAAUAUAGCGCGUUGUUCCUCGCAUAUUAUAAACUUGGAGCCAAACAAAAAAAA